GCCCCCGGCUGGAAGGGUAUACAAAUUUAGGAAUAAUUUUCCCUCCAAAUUCCCAUACUUCGCAAACCAGUGAACCCCACACUUCUCCAACCUUAUCAUCGUCGCUAACGAAAUAGCUCGAGCACAACCCCUUCAAUUAAGAAACCCUGGAAUACCUAAAUGGCGUCGACCUCUGCAUCAGCUUCUCGUGGUAAUGUCUCCGCCGGAAGGAUCAAAUCCGCAGCUUCGACGCUUUACUCGGAUCACCAACCUCUCAUUGGUGAUAUUCGAAAAGCUCUGAUUAUGAUGAAGGAAAUCGCGGUUGAUUUGGAGAAAGAUAAUCAGUCUCAAAUGGUGAAGGAGCUUGAAGCUAGUUUUAUUGAAUUGCUGGAAUCUUCUGAAGAUUGUACUCAUUUUUCCUCAGCAAUUCAGUCUUUUGGAAAUGGGUACCAGCCUGGAGAAGGGCCAACUGAUUUUAAGAAGUUGUUUGACGAUGAGAUUGCAAAGUUGAAGGCUAGUUCGUCUUCUGUUCCACAAAAUCAUCCAUUAUUACGCCAGUUUAGGGAAGCUAUCUGGAGUGUUCAUCAUGCAGGACAGCCAAUGCCAGGUGAAGAGCAUGAGGAUAUUGUAAUGACCAGUACACAAUGCAACCUUCUGAAUGUCGCUUGCCCUUUAAGUGGAAAACCUGUUACUGAACUGGAAGAUCCAGUUCGCAGCAUGGACUGCAAGCACAUAUAUGAAAAGGUGGUCAUCAUGCAAUACAUAAGGUCCAAGAAUGCACGCGCUCAGUGCCCUAUGUCAGGUUGCCCAAAAAUACUGCAAGCGGAAAGAGUGGUCUGUGACCCGUUGUUACUGAUUGAAAUUGAUGAAAUGCGCUCAAUGAGCAAACAAACUACUAGAUUUGAUGUGAUAGAAGAUUUCACCGAGCUCGAUGAAGAGGAAUCUGAUUGAUUCAGAGUGUAUCUACAGGAACUUUUUGAUGGUAUAGUGGCUUUUAGGAUGCCCAGCAUGGCUUAUAUUCUAAAUUCAUGUUAUAUCCUUCACCAUUAUACAUUAGCUAGCACAGAGAGAUGAACUUCUACCCCCUCCCCCCUUUUUCUUUUUUCCCCUUCUUUCCUAUGGGAAACAAGAAGUGUACUAUAUAUCCUCUUUAGCUCUUUUGCGUAUUAAGCUACAGUAAAAAAGUGGC